AUGGCCCUUCUUCUCCGUCUCAAUCGUCGGAGGGCAACCAGCUCUCGCACCCUCUUCUUCUCUACAUCGAAUUCCGAUUCUAACUCCGGCUCCAACUCUCACUUCGCUUCCCAUUUAAGAGAUGUCAGGGAAAAUGCCAGGGAAAGUCUCAAACAACCCUCUUCCCCUUCCUCAAAAUCUAGCUCCCAACCACCCUUCGCAAACGAGAUCCGAGAAAACCUCAGCGAGUUCCACGCCAAGACCGUGGAACCUCCUAAACCCCAUCUUGUUGAAAAGUACUUUCAUCCGGAUAACAUGUCCUCCGCCGAGAAGAUGAAAAUUGAGCUUGCCAAGGUUAGGGAUGAGUUUAAAAUGUCGGACUGCGGUUCUGCGCGUGUUCAAAUUGCACAACUCACAACUAAGAUUAAGCAUCUAUCAGCAGUCCUACACAAGAAGGAUGUUCAUUCUGGUAAAGGAUUGGUAGCAAUGGUUCAGAGGAGAAAAAGAUUACUGAAAUACCUCAGAAAAACUGAUUGGGAUUCCUAUUGUUUUCUAUGUGGCUCUCAUUUUGCUUUCGUCCUCACGACACAUCAACUGAUUGAGGAUUUUGUUUAUGCAUGUGAACUUCUUGAUAGGAUUGAAGAUCAACGGAUUAAUUGGGAUUAA